CCCCAUGUCCAUCACACAUCUGACUUGAGAAAGACUCAGCAUGCUGUGAAGUCCUCAGGWUUGCUGGACCAACGCGUUUAGAAGGUAUUGUUUUAACACUGUAAAGAAGACCUUCCAACAGCCAUGAUGGAUAAAGAGGAUAUGCAUAAAGAGGAGAUCAGUGACACUGACAGUGGGAUCAUAAUCAACUCUGGUCCCGACAGCCCCACGUCGCCAGUCAAGGACUUGACCACUCACACCCGGGCCAUGAGGCUGAAGCACCAGGUUCUGGAGGAGAAACUGGAACUGUGUCUACAGGAAAUCAAAAAACUCUGCAUCAGAGAGGCUGAGCUGACCGGAAAACUGCCGUCAGACUACCCUUUACUGCCUAAUGAGAAGCCCCCUCGCGUUCGCAGGAGAAUAGGAGCGUCCUUCAAACUGGACGACAGACUCAUACACCAGGAUGGAGAGGAUUCAGAACUCCACUCCCUAGAAGCUGACCUGGCCUUGCAGCUCCAGAUCGUUGAGGCAGCUCGUAGACUCUCAGUGGAGGAUCACCUGUCUAAACCACAGAAGAAGAGCAGGCUGCAGCAGUACAAGAGGGAGGAGAAGAAAGUCAAGGAUCUACAGGAAGCUGUGUUUCAGCACAGGAUCAGGAAGGAGUGCUCCUCUCCACCAACUAACAAGAAGAAUGACUCAGCCAAACACAGAGAUCUGUGCAUGUCUGAUGACAGCUCCCUGUCUGAUGCAGUGGCCUUGGACGAUGACGUCGACUCUGGCCCUCUCUCUCCCUCAGCGUCUGUAGACCCACUCCUGCAAUCCUCUGAGGGCUCCCUGUCCCUCCAGUCCUCCUCCUCCCAGGGCAGUCUCCAACACUCCUCCGGCCAGAGCCUCGUCUCCAGCUGCAGUGUGGAGCAGACCCAGACCCAGAGCUUCAGUAUGGGCUCCAACUGCAGUGUGGAGUACCCUGAACGCUCCCCCAUCCAGAACUCCCCCUGGAGAGAGUCUAGCCUGGACCAGCCUUACCUAAGACCCAACAAACCCCUCUCUGCCUGCAGCAGCAGGUCCAGCAGUCCAGUAGGGACCCCAGUGUUUCCUGCAGACAGUAGAGUCCUGCCCUCCCACUUCCCCUCCAUUAAGAACCUGGCUCUGAGACAUGGUCAAACCCACUCCUCCAGCGCCCCCUCUACUCCAGAGCUGCACGUACGCAGACAGUACUCACAGUCCUUCAGACUUCCCAAAAGUAAGCCCGCUCAUGACCUGAGUGAAGGACGUGGGCGUGCCAGGUUGCCACGCAGACGGCCGGAGUUCCUGGUUCGGUCUCCACAGUACUCUCCCCAGCGCUUGUACCAGUCCAGCUCUGAGGACAGCAGCUCUGAACACUCUGUCCCCUCCUACACCAGCUCCCCCAGCCGGGACAAUCACAUAGACAGGGAGGGCCCCGCACCCACAGAGAUCCCCAAGCUCUGCCCUCCUCCCUACGGCUUCCACUAUGGAGCUAAAAGUCCCACCAGCCCUGCGUUCAAUGGCUACAACAGCCCCAGCUUUUACAAGAACAACAACCAGCACCAGUCCUCUCCCAGCUUGAGAASGAGAAUGGCGGAGYAAGGACACUGUUCCCCUCUUUCCCCGCAGGACCUGGACAGUCCCCUGGGGAGGGAUCUCUACCUUUCCCCCUCCAAGGCCCCCCAGCCCCAGCACAGGCACUGGCAGCAGGAGGGACAUGGGCCCCCACCGUUAUCCCCCAGGAGAGUUCUGAAGCUCCCACUCCCCUACACCCACCUCGUACGUACCCCGUCACUGAGGGAGUACCCCGAACACCUCGCCCGGGUGCUACCCAGGGAGAUGGUGUCAGAGGAGCUCAAAUCCUGGCACCAGCGGAACCAGUUCCAAAAUCAGUUCCAGAAGUCACGCCCGGGUUCCCUGGAGCGGCAGGGGUCAUUCAGAGUAAAGAGCCCCACGUCCCCUCACCUUCCGCCCUACAUGCAGGGUCCCCACCAAAAGGUGAUCCUCCAGAGGGCUGCAGAUGGAACUCCAGUGCAGUGGUUUGUUGAAGAGGACUCAGAGAUCGUUAGCCAGGUGUAACCACAGCCAUAUAUACUGUAUACGGUACAUAAUUAUAUGUGUAUAUCUAUACAGUAUAUGUCUCUGGCUGUAACCAGGGGGAGUCGCCCUACUGCAGUAUGCUAUGCUACACACGAGGAGCGAAGGACCCUCUAAACUAUUGAGUAUGUCUGUAUUUAUUGAAUCAAUGGACUCUGUGAGACUAUACUGUAUGUCCCUGGUGAAGGACAACUGUCCCUGACAAAAUGCAGAAGACGACUUUGGCUCCAUGGGUAGUUGGGUACCAUGAUAAGCACCUAGCUCUACCACUUGUGACYUAUGUAUUUUAUUUAAUCUUUAUGUAAAGAAAGUUUGUCAUUUCUAUGUAAGGCGCUUUGCCAGUUUAUUUAUUUUAUUUWAAAAAYAAAGUUGAUAUUGUGAGUCAAUUUGAUUAUUUUCUACAGGUUAAAUAUGUUAAGUUUUUGUAACAAGUUUCAUACAUUUUUAACUGGCUAUAACAUUUCAAGAUUACUGCUUACUGUAGACUCUCUUUGUGUGUGGUACACA